UCUUUCUUUUUCACUUCUUGACUUAAAACACCACAGGAUAGCAUUAUCAUGUACACAUGUACAGCCAGGGUUUGCUAUUAAUGAGCCGUGUUUUGUAGCGUUUCGUUAGGGGUGUACUUAACUGUCACGCAGAGUUACAGUGCAUGAAUGAUGAACUGGGAUCUCAAUGUAGGCAAAAUGGUGCUUGCCUUUUGGACUGUAUUGUUAAAGGAAGGACGCAUUGUCCAGUAAGAAUGCCACGCGUUGGAAGUUGACCUCAAAUGACCCCACUCGGAUUCAGACGACCUUUAACCUUUGAACACAAUGAACACCUACGUGGCACCAGAAGGCCCACAUUGCGGAAGCGGUAACAACUCAAUGGCCGCCCUCUCCCAAGUCUCCGGUGGGAACCACACCUAUGCCGGAAGCAGCCAUGAUCAGCUGAAUGAUCGUGAAGCGUCGUACUCAUAUGGGUACAACUACACGCCGACUGGCACCCCGACUCACUCCUACAGCACGGCUGAUCGGACCUCGGAGCACCACUCUCUGGGGAGGGACAGUACGGCGAGGGGUUCGAUGCGUAAAGGAGGGAAACUUGUCUCAAUGAAAGUCCAAAUGUUGGACGACUCCGUGAUUACUUUAGAUGUGCCAAAUGGAUGUCUUGGGAUGGACCUGUUUAAGGAGUGCUGCAGACAUCUCAACCUCCUGGAGAUGGAUUAUUUCGGACUGGAAUACUUCAACAAAACUGACAAAGUGGUUUGGUUGGACUUGGAGAAACCCAUAGCAAGACAAGUUUUAGCUCCUAAGAAGACACUCUUCCAUUUCACCGUCAAGUUUUAUCUUGCUGAUCCAGGCCAGCUUCAUGACGAAUUCACAAAGUAUCUGUACGCUCUUCAAAUCAAGAAGGAUUUGUCAAAUGGAAGGUUGCCAUGCUCGGAGAAUACAGCUGCACUUAUGGCGUCCUAUAUGCUGCAAGCUGAAGUGGGUGACUUUAGCAGCCCAGAGCACGACGAUGGACGUUACAUCACAGCGUUUAGAUUUGUUCCCAAUCAAACCAGAGCCAUGGAGAGUAAAAUACAGGAGUACCAUAAGAAUCAUAUUGGGCAGACGCCAGCCGAUGCCGACUUCAACCUCCUGGACGUCGCGAGACGUCUAGAGAUGUACGGCGUGCGCCUCCAUGCGGCCCGGGACUACGAGAACGUUCAGCUGCAGCUCGCCGUCUCGCACCAGGGCGUCCUGGUGUUCCACAACAACACCCGCAUCAACACUUUCUCCUGGGCCAAGAUCAGGAAGCUGAGCUUCAAGCGGAAGCGCUUCCUGGUCAAGUUGCACCCGGAGGGAUUCGUAAGUGGCUACCCUCGGAGUACCGUUGAAUUCAUGAUGUCAGCGCGCAACGAGUGCAAGAGAUUCUGGAAGACAUGCGUGGAGCACCACACGUUCUUCCGACUCACUCAGUCACGACACGGCCGCAGGCCACGACGGAGACUCAUGAGUAGGGGUUCAACAUUCCGUUACAGUGGGCGAACUCAAAAGCAAGUAGUAGAAGACGUGAGGGUCACAUACAUCCAGAGACCUGGCUUUGGUCCAAGCGUCUCCCGAGUCUCAACAAGGAGCCUUGGAGCCCCCCGCACAACCACCCCGCUAACAAUCCAACUGUCGGAGAACAUCGUCCCCGAUCACCACAGCGCUCCGGACCUAAGCUACGGUGAUGAGUACCCCAAUGGACAGGGGGAAAAUGCUGCCAACAGCCCCACGUCCAUCUCACCCACAACGCCUUCAUCUACUCCAGUCACCCCGGUCCAUGAUAACUCCAGAAUAGCCAUCCACAAGGGCAACUCCAAUUCAAGCAUUACCUACGAGUACACAGUAAACGAAGACAGCGUUCAAGUGCUGUCCAGCCCAGAGCAGAAUGGCGAGACUGUGCACUUGGAAAACGAGUCAACGACGGAACCGGAAUCCGAAGAGGCUGCAGUCAGCGAGGACCUGAAGCCAAAACCAGAACCCAUGCAGGAGCUGGAGGUCAAACUGCCAGUCGUCAACGGAGACCACAACAACACAGAGGGUUUGAGUACGAAUUAUUCCACUGAUGCAUCUGAUAUAAGCAUCCCAAGCGGCAGCCUGCAUAUCGAUAUUGAUUAUGAAAUGAUGAGACGGCAGGUCAUCCUAGACCUGCCCGAUGAGAUAGAGAGGGAGGAUGAAGUCUUUGAGAGAAGCCCACCCACCUCGACAGAUCGGGCGAGGAGUGAGAGUGAAAGCUCUGGUUCCUCUUCCGGAUCCUUGAGUAUCGAGGAUGGGGAAGGCUUGGAAUACGAAGAUGAGAUCCCCACCGAUGAGGGUUUUGAUUUAGAGAUCCUUGAAAAGUUAAGGGGACCCAUGUUCAGUGAGUUUGAAGACGACAUGGUGGGGAAGAAGUUUGAGCUUCCGGGGAUGGGAAUGAAAUUUGAAAUCGGGGAGAACAGGGCCAAGCUUGAGAUUCUUGAGAGCCUUCAAAGGCCGGUGGCGAGUGAACCGGAUGAUGCAUCUCCCACUAAGAGUGUUGAAGCUGAAAUGGGGUCCGCAGGAAGCGAAACUAGUGGGGAGCUCUUAGGGUCUAUGCAGGCUGCCGCUUCCAAUGGGAGCACCUCUAGUGAUGGUAUUAAUUAUGUUGAGACAGAACAGACCGACUCUGAUAUUCGACUAAACACGACCAUUGACCAGGUGAUGAAAAUCGCUGCAGAGCUGGCAAGUCCAACUGACGAGCCCACGACUCCAAGUUUUGAGACCCGGAGCCUUGAUUCUCUGAUGAACGAGGAGGGAUCUGAAAUGGGCCACAAGGGGUACGACGAAACUCCUGAAGAUGACCCCGAAUGCCCCAAAGAUUACUCCUCGUUCAUGAAAGAAAGGCAGUUGGUAUUUGCCGACAGCAGCGACACAGAGAGCGGAGACAGUAGCCUAGGCGUGACAUUAGGAAAGACGAAUCAAAACUUGACGAGCCUAGAGGUAAACCUUGACGAGACGUCUGCCGAACUGCUGCUCCUAGAGCAAAGCCUGGCAGAGACGCAGCAGAGUCUGUGCGCCAUGGAGAGUGGCGCGCUGUCAGAUUUUUCCACCGGAAGUCCGGUUUUCAGUCCGGAGGGUUAUGACGAGCGUAACGCGAUUCAGCUCACCUUUGAAGAAUCCCCUUUGCAGGAGGCCCCAGUAUCCCAAAACACAAAGCUAGAUCGGGGAACGGGUUGUGACCCUAUCUCAGAUGAUAUUAUUAAUGCCAAUACAUUCAUCUCACCAUUCAGUGAGGCGGACCUAGUGAGGGCCUUAACCCCAACCGCUCUAGAUUCCCACAGAAUCAAGAACCUGCGCGACUCUCCCCCUCCACCAACCCCACCUCCAACGCCUAAAGUCUCAGUCAUUGAUCCUCCGACCCACUUAUCCCAAAUUUCCACUGUCGAACUUCAUCAAAUAACUAGUUUUGAUGAUAUGUUGCCCCAGUCUACGUCUCCCCCAUCAUCAGACCCCUGUAGUCCUAGAAAAGUGAAGAAUAUCGCCCACAUGCUUCCCGAUCUUCCUCCACCCCCACCCUUGCCUUCGUCCCCUCUACCAGAGUCUCCCCCGUCUACUCCCACUUCAUCCUUCUCACCCCUUACCUCACCCAUUUCACCCCUACUGAAGCAAGAUAUCAGUCAUAUAUUAUACCAGAGGCCUCCCCCUGUUCUGCCCACAUCAAGACCCGUUCCUCCGCCCUGUGCCCCCAAACCAGACAGAAAGUUUGUCCCAGUCGAGAUGCCUCCCCCGUCCCUACCGACUCGGCUAGAUUCUACCGUUAGAGAUGAGGUUGAUAUUCCAAGGUCAACUGUCACUAGAGUUCAAAGUUCAAGGGCCAAUGUGCAGUUGAAUGUGAAGAAAACUCAGUACCUGGUCUCCAAGAAAGAAAUUGGAGAUCAAAGGUCGGGCUUUACCGAGUUUCAAAGAACAGAGUUUACUCAAGUAAGAAGGGUUCAGGCAUCACAGGUUUCAAGUGUUUGUCACACAGAUCCUGACGAAACCCACAAAAUUACCUUAGAGUUUAUGACCGAUAAUUCAGAGGUGAGCUCAAUCGAAAGACCCCCUCCCCCCGUGGUCGGUGCGAAUUCUUUCAAGAUGCACGGUCAGAUUUCCCCGACGUCUGACAGAGUCACCAUCACGCCUGAAAGCAGCGAAAUGAAACUGACCCGUCCCGGUACUUUUGUCACUGAGUUGAAGAUGAUAGUGCGGCCGGGCAAUAUAAGCGUGUCAGAUUCGACGUCACGAAACAAUGCGCACAAGCAAGAAGCGGCCGCGAGCAGGCGAGAUCAUGCAAUAAGCCGCAGCAGUCCCGAAAGCGUCAGCAAGCGAGAAAGCAUGGAAAGCACAGACAGCGCGGACUCCGCCAGGCAAGAGUUCCUGGACCGUAGUUUAGAGGACCUCCUGAACAGCCCUGACAUCGUAGGGUACCCGACCCCUGACGAUGACACAGAGAGUCUCGGCGAGAGAUUCCUCCUCGCCGGGGACCUCCACGAUUCUGAAACUUCCUCCACCUCCUCUGGCAGCACGGAUGACAGUUGCGUCUACCAUUAUGAGGUAGCCGACGCCCACAUGACCAAGAUAAAGGGGGACGCCCCCUUGGCAGUGGUCGAUGAUGACGCCGGCUCCUCGAGUGACAGCAGCAGCAGUAGCUCAGCUGAGGAGAAUGGUUUGCUUAAUAGGCAUGCGAUUGGGAACGGGGGUAUUCUUUACACCAACACAUUAGAAGAUAGCUCACGUAUAUUCUCUGACCUACAGGACAUGGCUUCCCCCUUGUCGGCCCUUUCGGCCGAGACCGGGGUAAGCUCGGAAGAUUUUGAUUAGAAACCCUCCGCAAGCUGUUCAGAGUUUUUGUUUUUGCUCACUCCUGUCAGUCCUAUUAUCAGAAACAGAGUUUUGAACAUGUUUAUUUUGCAAGUGUCUUAAGAAUUCUUCUUUUGGUGGUCAUGCAUUUAUGGACAAAAAUAUCUAUUUCAGUUAGAGGUGUCUGUAUCUGCAUCUUGUGUGCUCUGUGAAGUUUAAUGGGAAAUGGUCUUGCUAUGAAGUCAACAUCCCUCCUGUACACUUAUAUUUUUUUCAAAGAUUCAAUACAGAACACAGCUUUGUGUUUAGACAUUUAUUUCAAUAUUGGCAACAACAACAAAAGCAUCAAAUGCAUUUCAACCAUUAUACAGGCUACAGAAUUGCAACAUACUCUAACUUUGUUAAAGGUUGGGUCAUAGUUCGGUAUUUGACAACAUAAUUCUGAUUCAUAGCCCAAACAGAUCAAGAAAGAUUAAAAAAAAGUUUGCCUGCGACAGUUUCAGCUGAAUACAUUGACUGAGAAAACAGCAAAAAAUGUCAUGCGGUUGAGGGAGGUGACAGCGGGUACCAACCGCUUCUUUGACCUCAGCAUUCAGAAAACAUAACACCGGGGAAAUCUGAAUCUCCUAAAGUCCCCUCAUCAAGA